UUAGUUUUAAGUCAUGUUGACAAACAAAAACUUUUCAUCCAGAAUUCAGGGGGAAUAAAAUGGAUUUUGGAAAAUUAAUACAGUCUAUGAGGGAAAAAGCCAUGACCAAGCCGAGCAUCUGUUGGAGAGAAAGACAGACAGUAACUUUGUGCUGGGGAAUGCGCAGGUUCAGUCUCUCUACCCCAUUGUGUAUUGUUCUGACGGAUUCUGCGAACUCACUGGCUAUGCUCGGGCAGAACUCAUGCAGAAGAGCUGCGCGUGUCAUUUCCUGUAUGGACCGGAGACCAGUGAUAGGCUGUUGGCACAGAUCCAGGGCGCACUGGACGAAAGGCGGGAGUUCAAGACAGAACUGGUUUUCUACAAAAAAGGAGGAACUCAGUUCUGGUGUCUUCUGGAUAUCGUGCCCAUUAACAAUGAGAAAGGAGAGGUGGUGCUCUUUCUAGUAUCACACAAGGACAUCACAGACAACAAGAAAGUGCAAGAUGAAGAACAGAGCCCAGAAAGAGAUGAGGAGACGGGGUUGGAGGUGCAUAAGGUCACACGGCCUCCAGGAUUUAAUGCCAACCGGCGGCGCAGCAGAGCUGUUCUAUACCAACUGUCUGGACAUCUGCAGAAACAAGACAAGAGCAAACUCAAGAUCAACAAUAACAUGUUUGGUGAAAAGCCACCCAUCCCAGAGUACAAAGUGGCAGCCAUUCAGAAGAGCCGAUUCAUUCUCCUCCAUUACGGGACCUACAAAGCUGGCUGGGAUUGGUUGAUACUGUUAGCCACCUUUUAUGUAGCAGUUACUGUUCCCUACAACGUCUGUUUCACCGUUGUUGGUGGGCGCGAUGAGGGUCCGACCCCUAGAAGUCCACCGAGUGUGAGUGACAUCCUGGUGGAAAUCCUUUUUAUGUUAGACAUUGUGCUAAACUUUCGCACCACAUUUGUGAGCACAUCAGGCCAGGUAGUGUAUGAUGCGCGUUCUAUCUGUGUGCACUAUGUCACCACCUGGCUCUUUGUGGACCUGAUUGCUGCGCUACCUUUCGAUUUGUUGUAUGCCUUCAAUGUCAGUGUGUACUUUGGGGUUCAUCUACUGAAGACGGUUCGACUGUUACGGCUUCUACGCUUGCUGCAAAAGCUGGAGCGUUACUCCCAGUACAGUGCAGUGGUACUCACCUUACUCAUGUCUAUGUUCGCCUUGCUGGCACACUGGAUGGCCUGUGUCUGGUACAUCAUCGGUCGCAGCGAGAUUGAGAACAAUAGUCCUGGUUCCUGGGACAUUGGCUGGCUACAUGAACUGGGGAAACGUCUUGGCACCCCUUACUUCCUGUCCCCACUUGCCUCCCUCAUUCCUGAUUCGCUGCGCCCCACCAUUUUAGAUAGAUUGGUAGCCAAUACAAGCCAAUUGAACACCACUGAUCUGGUGGGACAUGACUCUGUGUGGAACUCGAGCCAGUGGAAUGCAACAGGGACAGGGCCGGUGGGCACUACAAUUCCAGAACAGACUGGAGCUGUACUGGGAGGCGGGCCCUCAAUUCGGAGUUCGUAUGUGACGUCGCUGUACUUUGCUUUAAGCAGUCUGACCAGCGUGGGUUUUGGAAAUGUCUCGGCUAAUACCGACUCAGAGAAGAUCUUCUCUAUCUGCACCAUGCUGAUUGGAGCACUCAUGCAUGCUGCAGUCUUUGGGAACGUGACAGCCAUCAUCCAGCGCAUGUACUCACGCCGCUCGCUCUAUCACACCCGCACAAAAGACCUCAAGGACUUCAUCCGUGUGCAUCGACUGCCCAAGGCCCUCGCUCAACGCAUGCUGGAGUGUUUUCAGACUACAUGGUCUGUCAACAACGGCAUAGAUGUCAGCGAGCUCCUGAAAGAUUUCCCAGAUGAACUUCGGGCUGAUAUUGCCAUGCACCUGAAUAAAGAACUCCUGCAGCUGCCUCUGUUUGAGUCUGCCAGUCGCGGGUGUCUCCGUUCCCUGUCCCUCAUCAUCAAAAACUCCUUCUGUGCUCCAGGAGAGUUCCUCAUUCGCCAGGGUGACGCUCUGCAGGCCAUCUAUUUUGUCUGCUCGGGCUCCAUGGAAGUGCUCAAGGAUAACACUGUGCUGGCUAUAUUAGGAAAGGGGGACCUGAUCGGAUCAGACUCGCUGACGAAAGAGCAGGUAAUAAAGACCAACGCAAACGUGAAAGCGCUGACAUACUGCGACCUACAGUAUAUCAGCCUGAAGGGACUGCGAGAAGUGUUGCGCCUCUAUCCUGAAUACGCCCAGAAAUUCAUCAGUGAAAUUCAGCACGACCUCACAUACAACCUGCGGGAGGGCAGCGGAGCUGCCCUGGACUGGGAAAGCAACGGUGGUCUGGUGAAGAAACUGCCCUCCAUCCGUGAGGAUGAGGAGAAUGAUGAAGAGCAGCACUCAGUGUCAAAGGCCCCACGUUCCCCUCUGCGCCUGACCCGGGGCAUCAGCUCACCCCUACGAUCGCCAUUCCUCCCCCCACGCCCCUUCCGCCCUCCGUCAGACCACGCAAGACCUGCCACUCUCCAGAUUCCUGUGGUCAGUUUCAGCAGCGCCCCUCCAGAACUCAGCCCCAGAUUUGUGGAUGGCAUAGAGACAGAAAGCAAUUGUAGCUCAACACAAAGGUUUGAGUUCGGUGCCAGCCUACCUCAGAGUGGCCCUCCAUCCCCUUCUCCAGUGAACCAAGAACAGCUGGAGACCAAACAGAGCAUCACCAAACUGAGUGAGGAGAUGACUAGUCUCUCCCAGCAAGUGUCUCAGCUGAGCAAAGAACUACAGGAAAUGACACGUCUCCUUCGAUCCUUGCUUGUCAUUGGAUCACAACCCCUCCUGACAGCCCUCAGUCCAACAAUGCCUCCGUCUCCCAGCAGUAGCAGUGGUCCAACAAUAUCCACACCACCAGCUCCUUCCCCAACAGCUCCACCGUCCUCACUGCUCAUGCCUACUUGCUCCCUAUUGGACAACACAGACACUAGGGGCAUUGCCUUACCCAGCUGUCUCAUACCCACUAGUCCACCGCUGAGAUCCCAAGCACAGGCUCAGGUGUCUCCAGUAGGCUGUACAAGGGGACCUUCCUUGCCAACCCUUUUCUCUCCAGUGACUGCCCAAACAGAGGGGCCAGGGCCAUCUAGCCAAGGCUAUGCCCAGGCAGCUCAGGACCAGACAUGCCAAGCCACCCAUCCCUCUCUCACAUUUUCUUUGUCACUCCCUUCGUUCCGAUCGCUGUCUCAUUCCUGUUCUCCCUGCCAGGGGCCUCACCUUUCCCGACCUGCCUGUCACAGCAGAGGUUUGCUACCUCCAUCCCCCUCACAAGACAACCCAAUUCAGCCACCCUCUCAUUGCUCAGCACCUCCCUCGAUCAAUAACUCCCCUUGUGACCACAUGCUGAGGAUUAGCCCCUUUCUCCCCUCCUCAUCUGCUCCUCUGAUCCAGCCACGGUCGUGCACUCCUCCCUCCUGCCCACACACCUCCCCACACUUGCCCUGCUCCCUGGACUCCCUGUCAGAAAGCCAUGUCACUUUGGGAACUUCAUGGCCCCAGCAGAACCCCAGGCCUGGUCCUCCUCAGUUAGAGUUUGAGAUGCAAGAGUGGUCAGCAGGAGGGAGGCUUUUCACAGAGCAUAUCAGCUUCAUAGAUGAAGAGGGACCACCACUGUGAGAGAUAGAAAGACUGAGAGAAACCUGGAUACUUAUAAUAGCAAAUGAGGAUAAGAGAGUCGAGAAGUGGGCGAGUGCAAUGACCCCAACACACCUACAACCUGAGAUAAGAGACAAAACUGAUUGCUGUUCCUUUAGGACUACAGAUUGUAGCUCUGUUCUAAACCCUAGUGAGCUGCCUACCUAGACAGAAUUUUUAGGCAUCAUACCAUCAUCAUACAUAUUAUUGGCUGUUAGAAAGAAAAAGUAUGCUGCCUAAGAGGCUGUUCACAUCAAAAGCAUUUUGUGUCCAUCUGCGCUGUUUUUCCAUUGUUUUUCUCUGUAAACAUGCACUAGACGGUGUCUUUGACCGCUGUGCCGGGUCUUUCAUUGUCUCAUGCAGGAGGGCUGCGUUUAAUACACAGCAUGUCAGGUUGAAAAGAAUGUGUGACAGUGUAGGGUUUGGAACAGAGCCACUGUUAUACAUCACUUCAGUACCCAAUACCAGUAAGUCACUCCCAUUUGAGCACAAAUUCAAGAAGUUCCUCUUUAGCAGGGCCUUCACAGGCACUGUAAUCAGCACAGUGCAUGGUGACUUGAACUGUGAGGGUCCCACUGCUGUCAUAAAAACCUUGCUUUGACAAUUUCACAUAACAAAGUGGGAUUUUUUUAUGCACAGUUAUGUGCAUGGAUUUGCACUGGUCACGUACAUACCAGAAAACAAGGUCAAUUGUCAGCUGGUGUUUGUUAUUUCUUGCAGAUUCUGUAUUAUCAAAACAAUCUUUUUACUCUAUGAAUUCUUCAUCUUCUGAAACAAAUUCACACUUGAUUUUCCAAACUUGUUAAAUUAAUGAAGCUGUCACACCACAAUAUCCAUAACACUUUUGAUUUGUUUCCUCCAGACUGUCCAAGGCCAGUCAACACAUUCAGUGACCAUGAGUCAACCAUGAGGACCUUGGGAAUUGCCUGUCCUCUACUUCUGGAUUAUCCAAUUUUAUCAAUUUAGUGAUAACUUAUAUUUAAAUAAUUUAAAUAUUAUUUAAAUUAAAAAAAUAAUAUUAUAUUUAAAUAAACAAAAAAGAAUGGUUUAGAACAAGCAUAAAGGGUAAUACUUGACAAACACACCAGGGUCCAAAAUGUAU